AUGUCCGACAGGAAAAGUUCUUCCUUCCGACAGGACACAAACGGAUGUCCGACGUACCACCAACCGAGUCCAUUCCCAAACCAGAGGAACCUAAAGCACCAGCCCUGCACCUCAGUCCCAGCAAGUACCUCCGAAUUACUACCAAUUUCCACCUCAAGGUUACUUCCCCAACCCUUGGAUGUUCCAGCAAGCUCCACCCCAACAAUUCCAAUUCCAAUCUCAGUCCAAGAGAGACCAAGAGUUCGAAGAAGGUCUGAACCGCUUACGCAAAGAGUAUGCCACAGCUCCAAUUGA